GCCGCCGUCUGCUCCUCUGGGGCCGCCAGGGGGCGCUGUGGCCCCGGUGCGCGGCAGCGGCGCGACACGGACCCUCCCUCGGAGUCUUCGGCACCGCCCUGUCCCAGCCUCCUUUGCGGGUAAACAGACAUGGCCGGCGAAGGAGAUCAGCAGGACGCUGCGCACAACAUGGGCAACCACCUGCCGCUCCUGCCUGCAGAGAGUGAGGAAGAAGAUGAAAUGGAAGUUGAAGACCAGGAUAGUAAAGAAGCCAAAAAACCAAACAUCAUAAAUUUUGACACCAGUCUGCCGACAUCACAUACAUACCUAGGCGCUGAUAUGGAAGAAUUUCAUGGCAGGACUUUGCACGAUGACGACAGCUGUCAGGUGAUUCCAGUUCUGCCACAGGUGAUGAUGAUCCUGAUUCCCGGACAGACAUUACCUCUUCAGCUUUUUCACCCUCAAGAAGUCAGUAUGGUGCGGAAUUUAAUUCAGAAAGAUAGAACCUUUGCUGUUCUUGCAUACAGCAAUGUACAGGAAAGGGAAGCACAGUUUGGAACAACAGCAGAGAUAUAUGCCUAUCGAGAAGAACAGGAUUUUGGAAUUGAGAUAGUGAAAGUGAAAGCAAUUGGAAGACAAAGGUUCAAAGUCCUUGAGCUAAGAACACAGUCGGAUGGAAUCCAGCAAGCUAAAGUGCAAAUUCUUCCCGAAUGUGUGUUGCCUUCAACCAUGUCUGCAGUUCAAUUAGAAUCCCUCAAUAAGUGCCAGAUAUUUCCUUCAAAACCUGUCUCAAGGGAAGACCAAUGUUCAUAUAAAUGGUGGCAGAAAUACCAGAAGAGAAAGUUUCAUUGUGCAAAUCUAACUUCAUGGCCUCGCUGGCUGUAUUCAUUAUAUGAUGCUGAGACCUUAAUGGACAGAAUCAAGAAACAGCUACGUGAAUGGGAUGAAAAUCUAAAAGAUGAUUCUCUUCCUUCAAAUCCAAUAGAUUUUUCUUACAGAGUAGCUGCUUGUCUUCCUAUUGAUGAUGUAUUGAGAAUUCAGCUCCUUAAAAUUGGCAGUGCUAUCCAACGACUUCGCUGUGAAUUAGACAUUAUGAAUAAAUGUACUUCCCUUUGCUGUAAACAAUGUCAAGAAACAGAAAUAACAACCAAAAAUGAAAUAUUCAGUUUAUCCUUAUGUGGGCCGAUGGCAGCUUAUGUGAAUCCUCAUGGAUAUGUGCAUGAGACACUUACUGUGUAUAAGGCUUGCAACUUGAAUCUGAUAGGCCGGCCUUCUACAGAACACAGCUGGUUUCCUGGGUAUGCCUGGACUGUUGCCCAGUGUAAGAUCUGUGCAAGCCAUAUUGGAUGGAAGUUUACGGCCACCAAAAAAGACAUGUCACCUCAAAAAUUUUGGGGCUUAACGCGAUCUGCUCUGUUGCCCACGAUCCCAGACACUGAAGAUGAAAUAAGUCCAGACAAAGUAAUACUUUGCUUGUAAACAGAUGUGAUAGAGAGAAAGUUAUCUAACAAAUUGGUUAUAUUCUAAAAUCAGAUCUGCUUUGGAAAUUAUUGCCUCUGAUACAUACCUAGGUAAACAUAACAUUACUUGGAGGGUUGCAGUUUCUAAGUGAAACUGUAUUUGAAACUUUUAAGUAUACUUUUGGAGAGCAUGAACGGCAGUCUAGAAUACCAGAAACAUCUACUUGGGUAGCUUGGUGCCAUUAUCCUGUGGAAUCUGAUAUGUCUGGUAGUGUGUCAUUGAUGGGACAUGAAGACAUCUUUGGAAAUCAUGAGAUUAUUUCCUGCGUUAAAAAAAAAAAAAAUCUUAAAUUCCUACAAUGUGAAACUAAUAAUUUGAUCCUGCUGUAUGGGACAGCAUAUCUGUACCAGUGCUCUAAAUAACAAAAGCUAGGGUGACAAGUACAUGUUCCUUUUGGAAAGAAGCAAGGCAAUGUAUAUUAAUUAUUCUAAAAGGGCUUUGUUCCAUUUUCUUUAACUUCUCUGAGAUACUGAUUUGUAAGUUUUGAAAAUUAGUUAAAAUAUGCAGUUUUUUGAGCCCACGAAUAGUUGUCAUUUCCUUUAUAUGCCUGUUAGUAAAAAGUAGUAUUGUGUAUUUGCUCAGUAUUUGAACUAUAAGCCCAUUUAUACUGUUCCAUACAAAAGCUAUUUUUCAAAAAUUAAUUAAUUUGAACCAAAACUACUACUAUAGGGAAAAGAUGCCAAAACAUGUCCCCUCACCCAGGCUAAACGUGAUACUGUAUUAUUUUGUUCAAUGUAAAUUGAAGAAAAUCUGUAAGUAAACCUUCAGUGUGAAACUAAA